GGGAUCCCAGUCUUUUUGCCCUGACGACGCACUAGUGAAUUGGACGAGUAGUCGCGAUUAUAGAGAACAAUGAACUGACUAGUUGUAUGGCAAGACAAAGGCCAGGGUUGCAAAGUGAGAUGGUCAUUCGCAGUCGGGAUCGACCGGGGCGGGCAAUCUGUGCCGCAUAAGGCUGGGAAGUUGGAGGAUUGGGUCGAGCUCAAUGGAAUCAAUUCCUCAUCGCCAUCUACCUACACACACGAAAUGUCUCUGAACGCAGAGCCCGCCGAUGCACAGGAGCGACAGGAACAGCACCUGCCGCCAAAGUCAUUCGCUGACGCCGCCCACGAAGCUCUCGAAGAGCCGGAACAAAAUGGCCAAGGCUCAAUCAACGAAGACUCAAUCAAGGAAACUCCGCCAACCCGGAAGCUGGUCAGAAAAGGCAGCAUUGAGCCUCGCCCACUUCAGGAGAUGCUAGAUGAGGAGGAGAGACAGCCCUCGCUGCCUUCAACGCCUGUCCAACCCCGCCGUACACGUUCAAAGAAGGAUAGCAAGUCAUGGGCAGACAUGGCAGAGGAGGGCAUCGAUACCAAGUCACACCCCGUCAUUGACCUUCAUUCUGGCGAGACCAAGGGCGAUGGUGAGGAAUUCACCGGAGAGGGUCACAACGAAGCUCCCAGAAGUCCGGCUCAGAUCAAUCGACCUCACAAGCGCACAUCCUCAAAGUCUUCCAACAAAUCAAUGAGCCCCAAAAAAUCUGUCGCAGAAGCCUGACGACUCGUACGAAGAGGCUUUGAGAAUAGAUGAGAAGAAAGAUCCUCAGCAGGCAGAGCAGCAACCCGCGUCAUCUAAGGAUGAGCUCGUC